CAUUAUCAAUCUCAUAAAAUGGGUCAUUCAUGGUAGAGGUUCCAGGUACUUGGGUUUCUUGAUCCCUCAAGAAAUCUAAUUCCUUGAAGUACCAUAAGCUUGGUUCGUAAAUACUUUCAGUUCCUGUCCCUGAUUUAUAACUUGCAAUUACUUUUUUUAAUUCUCUCCGAUAGGCACUGCGUAAAACAUUAAUUUUCUUCCGCACCAUCUCUCUGUCGGCAUUAGGUUCGACUUCUUUAAGUUUUUCAACUAGUUUUUCAUAAGCCAAAUUCUUCAUAUUUCUAUUCUUGUAGAGAUCGCUCUUCACCUUCCAUACUGCCGGUAACUGACGAUAUAAAUCAAUAAAAUCGCUUAAAAAUUCUUUGUUAUUUCCAAAACAACCGCUCAUUUUCAAAACUAAGCACGUGGAACUCGGACAAACAAUCAGUUAUUGCACAACGUGUCUGCAGAAUAGCCCAUAUACUCUGCAACUAGUUGCGCAACGCCGCUGGUUGUGCAAUAAAAAUCAAACUAUUUUGAAUUUCUGCAACCCGUUGCGCAGCACGUCAAACAACCCCAUACACUACACAAUUGUUGGUACAACAGGCUCCGUUGCGCAAUUUGUUCGCAGGUGUAUGGGGCCUAUAAAGGUGGGAAAACCGUCAGGUCCGAUUGUCGUACGAUCACGUACGCUUUUCACAUGAAAGUUGCGUCACCGCCACACCAAAUCAUAUGGAUUAAUCUUUUAUUAAACGACACAAUAGCAUCAGGAAUAAGUAUUUUUAGUAUAUCAUCGUUUAUUAUCUGGUAAAAUCUCUCCUCCUCUGGGAUGCAUCUGGAUUCAUCCGGUUUCUUCAAUCGAAUAUCCCUUCCUAGACCCUUUUGCUCGCAAAAGGUGAAUCGCAUGGAUUCACGGUUCACGCAAGGAUAACGGCCCACGCAGCUGACAUCAGCAAAAUUUGACAGUUAUUUUUCAUGGCCUCCACGAGCAGGGCAUCUCCUGACGACGAUGGCUACAAAAACAUCACAGAGGAGGUGCAUGUCUCCUACGGAUCCAAUACAAACCAUGCAAUUGAUGAGAUGGGGAGUAGGUCAAGCCUCAGCAGAGAUGACAACACAGAAUUGGAUCAUUGGGAGAUGAACUAUCAUGAAGCGGCCAUCUUUCUGGAGGAAGGAGAAAACAAUGAAAAGUUUGACUCUCACCCAAAUCAUCCUUCUGCUCUACCAGCUUACCUCCUUGUCCACAACCAAUGGUAUUACAGCUUUGAUGUGGCAUUUUCAAUACUCCUGAUCAUGCUGGCAAUUGUUGAGAAACCAUCAGUUGACAGUUUCAGUUUUCCAGAGGCUAUUCACAGCACAUUAGAGCUGGUGGCUCUAGGAGUGAUAGGAACAGAGUUGGCCUUGAAGCUGAGAUGGAUAGGUUGGAGCACUAUCUUGAAGCACAAGAGGACCAUGGUGAAGUGUAUAACCCUGACUAUCAUGGUAUUCGAAGCCAUAACAGUAUUGAUACGACAGUCCUCGCAUUUUCGUGUAACCAGAGCACUAAGGCCCCUUUUUCUGGUUGACACUCGACCAUGUGGGGCAGUAAGAAGGUACUUACGACAGAUACUGCAAUCUUUACCUCCAAUCAUUGACAUGCUCGGGCUGCUGAUGUUCUUUGUUUGCUGUUAUGCACUACUCGGAUUCUUCCUCUUCAGCAAUGAUAAGAAUCUCUACUUUAGAACACUUGGUGACAGUUUUGUCAGUAUGUUCGUUCUUUUGACAACUGCAAACUUUCCAGAUGUUAUGAUGCCGUCAUAUGCAGAAUCAAAAUGGAGUGCAGUUUUCUUUAUAUCAUACAUUUCGACUGUCCUAUAUGUUCUAAUGAAUUUGAUGUUGGCCGUCGUUUACGAAACAUUUACUGGUAUUGAGAAAGAUAAGUUCAGAAAACUAUUACUGCACAAAAGACAAGCCUGCAAGCUUGCAUUCAGACUACUUGUCAGCAAACAAACUCCAAAUAAUGUGAGAUUCAAGCAGUUUCAUGGAUUGAUGAGAUAUUAUUCUCCAAAGACAAGUUUGCGAGACACGGUACUCAUAUUUAGGCAGCUGAAUGCAUCGGGUAACGGACUUUUGACACAAGAAGAAUUUUUAAACAUUUACGACGCUGUGACGUUGAAGUGGAGAAACAAAAAUCCUUUAGACCCUUGGUUUUCUGCAGCUUGGCCUCCACUGAGAAUGUUCUGUAGACUUUCUAGAACUUUGGUUACGUGGAAAUACUUCGAGUAUAUUAUUUAUGUUUUAAUAAUGUGCAACGGCAUUGCAAUGCUGUUAAGAGUCAGUGGUGACUUGCAUCAUCUAGAUGAUGCGGCAAGGAAAUUUGCUGCUUCCUGGGACACCUUUUUAUUCUUAGGAUUAUUUUUGUUAGAAGCUAUCUUGAAAAUGAUAGGGCUUGGUUGGUCAGAGUACAUUUACUCUGGGUGGAACUUUUUCGAUCUUCUUGUUACAUUGUUGGCAUUAGGUGGAUCUUUUCUGAUACUGAUGAUACCAGGCUUGACUACAGUUGUAAUCCUAAGGCCACUAAGGUUGUUGCGUUUGUUCAAAUUAAAGAAACGUUACCGAGACAUAUUCGGCACUCUGGUGCUACUUUCUCCAUUAAUGUGGUCGACAGCUGUAGUAAUGAUGGUGAUGUACUACUUUUUUGCCAUCAUAGGAAUGGAGUUAUUCGCUGAAUAUGAUUUGAGAAAUUGUUGCGCGAACUCAACUGUGGAGGACUUCUACAAAUUCAACAGCACAAACAGUAGUACAAGCGGCAUAGGCUAUUAUUACCUAAACAACUUUUCGAAUCUCUUUGUAUCAGGCGUAACACUGUUUGAACUGACGGUUGUCAAUAAUUGGUUCAUCAUAAUGGAUGCCUAUGCUUCAGUGUCCAACAAAUAUUCUAGGCUGUAUUUCAUGAUGUUCUACUUGUCCACGAUGGUUGUUCUGACGAUUGUGGUAGCUUCUGUCUUGGAGGCAUUCAGGUUUAGGAUACAGUAUAAGAAGCAGACGUCAAAAAGGGAUGAGGAAAGAAUGUUACACGAGGAAGUUGUUAUUGACUGGUAUUCGCUACAAGCACAAGUGAAAGAUGUAAAAUUACUGGAGAUACUUCAAGUAGAUUUUGUAGUAGGGGGUACAGUCGCAUACAUAGGCAGAAGAAGACGAACGAGAGACGUCUUGCAGCGACACAUGUAUUCCAUUGAAAUAAAACAGUGGCUAGAAGAGGCAGAAUUAGAAGAAAGAAAUGAUAUUAACAAUAUUAUAGAGGAAUCGCAGAUCAAUGCUAGAUUGAUAUCUGCUUAGCUUUCAUUAGUAGUCGUAGAAACUGAUAUUUUUUCAUUUUUGUUUCCUCAUGAUCUUAUGGACCAAUCAUGCUUUAGUAGGUCACUAAAACAGUAUGUGUGCUUCCUGUGAUUAAAUUGAAUGUAUAGAUAUAUUUAGGCACAAAAUUCACAAGUAACUGCCAGAAAAGAAUAGUGUCGUUGAAUCAACAAACACUUUAAAGCACUGUAUAUGUGAUCAUCCUUGUCUCCUGUGCAAUACAAAAUAUUAAUAAGGUCAAUUUUAAACUGAUAUCAAAGCACCUAGAUUUGAAAAAUCUAAAUGUGCAAACUAACCAAAGUGUCUUUAGCUAAAAGUUUAGUUUAGCUCUACUGUAUACAGGGAGUUCCAUGCUUGAAUGGAUAUAGCGAAAUGGUCGGUAGUAUGGGCCGAGACCUUUUCAUAUCUGGAAAUCAAAAAUGUCUAAAUUCAGUUUUCACAGAUAUAUAGGGUGAAAACUCACAUAACUCAAUAACUUAGACUAGACAGGCGGUUAAAAAAUCCAGGGUCGGACUCGAUUUUUUAAUUUACUUUUUUAUGUUAUACCGACUAAUUUGUUUAACUAUGUGCAAAAAAUCUGAUGAAUGAUGCUGAUUAAUCAGCGCAAUAGAUUGUGAGGUGUUGAUUUUGAUAAAAAAAAAGAAAAAAUCAAGCCUGGCCCUGGAUUAUUAACCGUCUAUCCUUUUUUCACAUUGCUCCUAGACAACUUUAAUAUCGCGCAAACAUUCAACAAAAUCACCCUGUAUAUCCGUAAAAAGUGGACUUGAACUCUUUUAUUUUCAGAUAUAAAAAGGUCUCGGUCCAUGCUACCUACCUUUCAAUAUGUCUCAUUUAAGUUUGCAACACCCUGUAUGAAAUGUAUAUUCAAUGGUAUAACCUAGUAUACCCGUUGUGAUAGGAAAUAAAAUAUAUUCGUAUGUGUAACAUUAUAUACAGCUAGUCGUUGUCAUCACAUUGAUUUUUUAUUCUUGUAUCCUCAUAUAAUUAUUAGGAUUUACUUUUCCAGUAUUUACUUAUUUGUAAAUAAUUAUGUUUAGUUGAUCCAGUAUUAAUUUUAAUGUUUAUACAACUAUGUAUUUAUUUUUAUCAUUAUUUAACAAUAAUAAACUACUUUUAUUCAUUUUCGUCAAUAUCUC